UUGCAUUUACAUUGUCAAGUGGGAAAUUAUAACAUUGAUGUUAUAUUACUGUUAGUUGCUGUUUAUUGGGUCGGGAUGCGUUCGGAAAUUCGUAAAAAAAAAGAUUGCGACCUUUAUGUGACUGAUCGUACACGUUUGAAUUCCGUGCGCCAUGGCGCGCUGCCGUUCGCGCGCGCUCGGCCGUUUCCGCCGGCGACGGCUCGAUAGGUGGUGGGAGGGAGGUGAUCGGCCGACUUCAGAGGUGUCGCAACAGUCUGCGCGGUCGGAACAGUCGGGCUGGGUGGUCGGUACGAGUGUGGUGUGUGCGCGCGCGAACGACAGACGCGAGGAGCGUGCGUGCGUGCGAAGCCGUGUGCCGUCCGUUGUCAUGACGUUUGCGUGAGUCGCGGGACCAACGCGUCUAGCAGCCGGACAGCCAGCCGUGUCAACUCGUCAGGAACAUGGCGCGCGAUUCCCGGCGUGUCGACGGUGGUGGCGGAGGCGGAAGAGACGGUGGUGUUGUUCGUUCGUCGACGGUGCGGUGCAAGCUGGUCCUCGCGGUGUUGCUGUUGGCGAUCUUGGUCCCUGCUACCCACGCCGAGAGACAAGGCCCGUCUUCGGACUUUAGCAGGCACAGUCGGGUGAGGCCGCGAGUGUAUCACGGCAGAACGAAGAGGCAGAUCUCGUCGACCAAAGAAAAUGACAUCGAGCACGCGGACGUGCUGACGGUGGGUUUCAACGUGGACGGUGUCGAGCGCGUUCUCGACCUUCGACUGAACACCGAUCUAAUUCCGGUCGGCUAUCAGCAACGCUACCAGCAUCGCGGCGCUUACAAGGUGCACACCCCGUCGAAAGUUGAACUCUGUCAUUACCAAGGUAGCGUUCGAGAUGUUCCCGACUCGUGGGUGGCGUUGUCCACUUGCACGGGGCUGCGCGGUGUCAUUUUCGACGGCGAGAACCUCCAUCACAUCCAUCCGGAAGACGAGAGUUUGGAUUCCGACCAUUACGUAUACAAGCAUAGUGAUCUCAUUGCCAAUAAUACCUGCGGUUACGAUGGAAAGCCGGUGCACCAAGUCUCCGCUCGUGAUCGUCGUGAGAUUAAAGGGUUCUCCAGGUACAAACGAGCGGCUGAGGUUGUUCGCGGACCCUACAACGCGAAUCGGCAGUCGCGUUAUGUGGAGCUGGUGCUCGUGAUCGACAAGAAAGAAUAUAUAGCGCUGAAUGAGAACCUGAGCAAGGUGUAUCAGCACUGCAAGGACAUCGCCAAUAUUAUCAAUUCCUUGUACAUGCCGUUGAACAUAUUCAUCGCCCUGGUCGGCGUGCAGGUGUGGACCGAGUCGGACGAGAUAGCGCUGUCGCCGAACGGCGACACCACUCUGUCCAAUUUCCUGCGCUACCGUAGGGAGAAGCUGCUCCAGGAUAUCCCGAACGACAAUGCGCAGCUGCUGACCCGAAUCACCUUCGAGGGCGGCGUGGUCGGUAAGGCGCUCAAGGGACCGAUAUGCACGUACCAAUUCUCCGGCGGCGUCUCCAUGGAUCACUCGAACGUCGUCGGCCUGGUCGCCGCCACUGUCGCUCACGAGAUGGGCCAUAAUUUCGGAAUGGAGCACGACGGGGCGGGUUGCGACUGUCCCGAAGACAAAUGUAUAAUGGCAUCUUCGAGCGGCUCAUCCGGGCCCAUACAUUGGUCCUCGUGCUCAUUGGAGCACUUGACCCUCGCCUUCGAACAUGGGAUGGACUAUUGUCUGAGGAACAAGCCGCAGAAGCUGUUCGACAGUCCGAUAUGCGGCAACGGAUUCGUCGAGCCGGGCGAGCAGUGCGACUGCGGCCUGAAGGAGAACUGCGACAAUCCCUGCUGCAACGUGACCACCUGCAUGCUGCACAGCAACGCGAGCUGCGCCACCGGCGAGUGCUGCGACCUGAAGACCUGCAGACCGAAGAACGCCGGCACGGAAUGCAGGAGCGCCGACCACGAGUGCGAUCUGCCGGAGUAUUGCACCGGUCAGAGCGAGUAUUGUCCGGCCGACGUGUUCAAGAUCGACGGGGAGACGUGCAACCACGGAGAGGCCUUCUGUUACCAGGGUUCGUGCAGGACCCAUAACGACCAGUGCAGACUCCUGUGGGGCCCCAGCGGCUCGUCCUCCGACGCGCAGUGUUAUGAGAUGAACAACAAGGGCACUAAGAAUGGCAACUGCGGCUACAAUCAGAUCGAUUCGAGCUUCAUCAAGUGUAACGAUCAAAAUCGCUUCUGCGGUAUGCUCCACUGCAAACACCUGAAUGAACGGUUGGAGUUCGGCAUGGAGUCUGUCGCGACUUUGAGUCACUCGUUCAUCAACGUCCGUGGGAAGAUAGAGCCGUGUCGAUCGGCCAUCGUCGAUCUCGGGCUCAGCCAAGUCGAUCCUGGACUGACACCGGACGGCGCCAAGUGCGCACCUGGAAAGAUGUGUGUGAAUCAGAAGUGCAUGUCGAUAGCGGACUUGAGAGCGUCCGUGUCUGACGGCAAACCCUGCCCGAACAAUUGUAAUGGUAACGGAGUGUGUAAUAGUCUCGGUCACUGCCACUGUAACCGUGGCUUCCGGCCACCCGACUGCCUUCAGCCCGGAGUAGGAGGCUCCGAAGAUAGCGGUCCAGUCGAGGAUCCUAACGCGAGAAACGAGUUCAUCACCGCGCUCUACGUAAUAUUCCUCGGAGUGGUGCCCGUCACGGCGCUGCUGCUGCUUGGAUUUUGGUACGUCAGGAACUCUAAGCAGCACUGGAAGAAGGGUGUGAUGUCUACGAGCGACCGCGGCCACAACGGGUUGCUAAUCAAAACGAUCGAUCGUUCCAGUCCCAUGUCCCGUAACAUCGAGACGAUCGACUCGAGCCUGAGUCAGGACCCGGCGUGCGCGAGCCUGCUGCCGAAGGCAGAGGCCGACGAGCGCUACAACAACAAUCUGUUCGGGCAGUUCAAGGGCUUCACGAUCACGCCGAUCCCGAAUCAGUCGAAGCUCGCGGAGCCGACGAAACCGGCCCCGGCGCCGCCUACGAUACCGACCGUCGCGAUCAAGACGAAACCCGUGCAGAAGUGCAGCGCGCCGCGCGCCAAUCUUCUCGGCGCGAGCUUCGCCGAGAGCUCGCCGGUCGCGCCGACGUUGCCGCCGCUGAACCCGGGCUCGACCGCGCGGCCGUUGAUCAGCAGCCCGGUGCUGGCGGCCACCACCUGCACGUCCGUCGAGCUGAAAGUGCCCACCCGGCCGGCCCCGGAGGUGCCGACGCGACCGGCUUCCGUGAAGCCGCAGAGGCCCAACAGCACGCCGCUGACGAACGUGAUCGCGGCCACGACGAGUGAGCCCGGCGAGAGGAAGCCGGAGAAGGGCGGCACGCUCAACAGGAUCGCGUCCAUACUGCGGCCGAGCUCCGGGAUAAUGAAGAGCGGCAACUCCCAGCGGCAGGACGACGGCAAGAGCAGCACGUUGCCGAGGGGCCAGCACCACAAGGCGAGCAAGGUGCUCGACAAGGAGAUCCUGAGGAACCUGGAGAUCUCGCAUCCCAUACCGCAGACGGAGAUCGAGAUCGCGACGCCGGUCAUCCCCGUGAUGAUACCCGCGGCCGAGAAGCGGAACGUCGUGCUGCGCGCCCAAUCCAUGAGGGACAGCAAGAUCACACCGCGGCCGGCCAUCCACACGUUCGGCUCGAUGCGCCAAGCGACGCCGGUCAAGAGGCCCAGCAGCAUCCCGAGCAGCGUGAGGCCCACCUCGCCGCCCCCGGGCCCGCCCGCCGACAAGGCCAUCGAGAGCGCGAUCAAGAUCCCGGGGCUGCCCGGCUACCAGAAUCCGCUGGUGAAGCCGCCGGAGAACACCUACGACGACUGCAUGAACCUGAUCGCGGAGUCGUCCCUGACGAGGAUCACGGAGGAGUCGCCGACGAACGACAAUAUCUACGCGGUGAUAGAGGAACCGGUGCCGGAGAAGAACCGGAAGAACGCGCCGGCCGGCAACGAGUACAAACUGCCAAAGCGCGUGGACCCGACGCCCGGCGCCGCCCUCGGCUCGAUGGGUCUGCUCUCGGAGAUCGUGUCGGAGAUCUCGAACCGCAACUUCGACUCCAUAUACUCCACCUCGACGUUAGCCAGGAAGAAGAAGAAGGAGGAGGAGGAGGGGCCGUCGAAGACGGACAAUAUGGGCUCCGACAGUUCGUUGGGCGGCUACAUGAACUCCGGCCACUACAAGACGCCCGGUAGCGUCUACUCGAACUCGGCCUCCGGUAAGUUUAACUCGUCGAGCUCCACCACCAGCUCCGGCUACCUUCAUCCGUCCGCGAUCAAUGUGCCGCAGGUGCACAGGAAGCAAACGGGCAAAGACGACCAGCCGGCCGAUAAGAGCAAGCUGAACGCGCUCCUCAGCUCCAACAAUCCGAAUGUGAACGACGAGUUGUCCAAGGAGCUCGGCAUGAAGCCGCCCGAGAGUCCGGCGGGGUACAAGCCGUUCGCUCCGACGAAGAGCCGGCCGGCUCAUUCGAUACAUAUCAAAAAGGACGACCAAGCCGAGAGCAAAGUCCCGGCGUUCAACAGGACUAAGACUCCGCCGAACAUCGCGAAGGAGACGCCCGUCGAGUCGAAGCUCGCCAGACAAAGUUCAGAUAAUACGUUGAAGUCGAGCAAGCAGCAUCCAGGCGACAACAACAACUGCGGCGGCCUGUCGUCCUCGAGAUCCUCGAAGUCGACGACGACGGACGCGAGUCGGCAGACGCAGCUGAGCAAAUCGAAUAGCGACUUAGAUAAGGACGACCCGCGCGCGACCAUCAAUAGCGUAUCUGUCAAAAAUGUGCCUUGUAGCCCUAAGGAUAGUCUGAGCAAGUUCAAUAGCCCGGACCUGGUCUCAAGCUGCUCGAACCAGUGCGGCACCAAGUCGCCGGACGUCGUGGGCAGCAAUCCCAAGUUCAGUCUCUCGCUGAAGACCGUUCAGAAAGCGCCGACGCUGCCGAAGGGCGUCAAGACGCCCACGACGCCGCUGAAGCCCUCGAGCGUCGCGUCAAAGACCGGCCUGUCAGAGAGGAAAAAGUCGCCGACCGGCAAUGCGGCGAGCAUCACCGCCAAGUCGGCCGCCAAGGAGGCGAUCGUCGGCAAGCUGACGUCGUCGAAGGUGGUGAAAACGGAGGCCAAGAGCGCGGACGGCGCGAGGAUGAAUCCGGUGCAGCGGGCGGCGAGCGGGAAAUCCAACGUGGCGUCGUUGCAGCAAAAGUUCGAGGCUAACAAGAAUGCCGGCAUCGCGAGGACUAUUCCGAGCGCGACUAAGAAGCCGGUGACGACGGCGCGAGUGACGAAGUGAGCGGCGGCGUUAAUCUCCCGCGGCAGAGAGAGGAAGCGAAGGAAAUCUCUAUACUUGAAACAUUCUAGUCCGUCAUUUCAUUCUCGUUUAGGAGAAUGCGAAGAAGCUGCUGUAGAAACGGGUGAACGCGUUCGCACUCAGCGGCGGUCCUCAGCGGCCUCGCGCGAGUAUAAAAACGCGGUUGCGCGAGGACGGUGUCUCUGUGACUCUUGUUACUCUUGAGGUAGUCGGCCCGUGAAACCGCGUUUUCCUCGGGAACCAUUUCGAAUUUUUUUCAACGGCAUGUCGAUGGAAAUACCGGUUGUCUUUCAUCAAAUAUUUGCUCUUCGGCUAAACAUGAAUGCUGUGGAGUGUCGAUCACUAUUUUGUUAUUACAAUACUGAUGUACAUGCUGAGUUCAUAUCUUGUUAUAGUAAACAUCAUGUAUCGAAUUUUCUCGAAAUAUCAAGAAUCGCUAAAAAAGGGGAAAUAAUCCUUCGGUAUAUUUAAUGCUACGCAAAUAUGAAGAUUAUAUAAAAGUUACGAAAAAUUUGGUAGCUACGAUAUUGACACAAAUGUUCUCACCAGACGGACAGUUAUCGUGCUGCGCGAAUUUUUGCCAAUGGAAAAUUUAUGUUGUAAAAUAGCCCAGAUUGCUUCUUUCGUGUCUCUCCGGUAGAAUCUUGAUUUCUUCCGACAGUGCGUAGCAGACGGUUGGUCAGUUAGAAAAUUGAAUAACGGUCAGACUUUCGAAAGUGACGGUUACAACGGAGGGGGAAACCCGUCUGUUAUUACCUAUUGUGUCGAAAGAAUGCGAAAACUGAAGAGGGUAAUUAUAUAGAACGCCGCCUAUUCGGACGUUUACCUGCACAUAGGUACAUACCCGUGUACCUACCUACGAAAUUCGUUUCAAACGCUACAAUUCGAAGGAUAUUUCGAAUUUAGGAUCUUUUGAAUUUUAUUUUCAAACUUUAACAAUUUUUUUAAGUAAAGAAAUUUUUCGAAUAUUUCAAAGUCAGAUAACUCAUUAAUUCACACCUCUUGAUGGAAAACGAGAAAACGAUAAAAGACUCGUAGAAAUAUUAUAGAAAAAUCGCAACAUCGAUGACUGCCCAGUUUUGGCGAAAUUGAUAUCUUAGCACAGAUUUGUCGAAUUCUUCUUCGUGUUGUAUAUCGAGCAUUGUCUCUUCAAUAUAUAUUGCCAUGGGCCAACUACCUUGAGGAUCCUAAAGGAAAAGAACGCAGAAACUGAAAGAUAGUACAAGGAUUGACUCUUUCUUUCCCCUCUAAGAUCCAUAGAAGGCAAAUUUUACGAGCGGAUAUUAUAUAUUUCUUGUCAGGAUAUUAGAGUACAUAGGCGCGUAAUAAUAAUGGCCGUCGCGGCACACAUAGGAGACACGGCAUUGAAGAGGAAUGAAAAUUGUGUAAAUAGUAUAUCCACUGGAAAAUUCUCAUAUUUUUUGUAGAAACACAUCCAUUGCCGACGUUCGAACGUAAACGUGUAAGCCAAUAAUUACCGUAAUAUUUAUCUUAAGCGUUUUAUAAGCGAUAUUGUGAGGUAAGUGACAUUAUUUUCGAGACCUUCGCUUAAAACCGAAAGGGCGUGUACGAAAUUAUUGACCUCUGUGAUAUGUACGUGUAUAAAGAGAUAUUGUGCACAGAAAAGAAAAAAAAAAGAAGAAUAACACUAUAUACGCCGCCACAUUGUUACGACUAGCGGGCUAUAGAUGCGACCAAAUUAUUUUAUACCGUGAUUACAUAAACAGAUUAUAUGUGGGAAGUCUCGGGAAGUUGUUAAGUUCAAAGGAAGCCGUUUAGGCCGAACGAGCCUCGUCGGAUUCUCGCGACGACCCAAUUUCGUCGCCGGACGUCGUCGCGCUCGUGGCCGAUGGACGGUUCAUUUCUACGUUAACGCCGGAACGUGUCCCCCUUCUCCAAAGAUUAAUGAUAUAAAAUUCAGAUCACAAAUCGUGUACCUUCGAGAUUCCGCGGGAGUCAAAAAAUUCGAAAUGCCAUUAGUUAGAAGAGUCUAGAUGUUAGCACGUGUAAAAGAAAAAAAAAAAGAGAGAGAAAGAGAAAACGCUAGUGACGUAACACCGCGAAACCCAAGUUAAAGGUGAUAUUCUUUCAAAUGAAUCUUAAGGUUAAGAAGAGAAGAAGGUUUCCGGUUCAAGCCAAGAUGUAUUUCGCCUCGGUCGCGCAGCGCAGCAUUACAAACACACACACACACACACACACACGCAUCGCCUUUACUUUUUUCUCGUCGUCCUCCUGUGCGUGUUGAAUAUUGAUAAAAGAGAGAAAGAAAGAAGAAAAAAAAACGAAGUCGCCUGCUUCUUCGUCUAUAGGGCCGCGCUAGAGAUGCAAAGACUAAAAACAAUAUUUAUUUGACUGAUCCGUGUAAAUAUGUUGUUCAUAAAAAAAUACGCUAUAGGGCUAAGUAACAAGUUUUGUACAACGUACCUUCGCGCUGGAUAAGUUAAGCUGUAAGUUGUCCCCCCUCUUGACCCUCGUGCGAUCCUCGGGGCGGAAAAGAGAACCAAAUCACCAAGCGUCGGCUUCAUCGUUCGACGUCGCCAUCCGUGCAUAGCUUUGGCGCUCAAAGAUUUCGCGAGCGGAUAGGUGAGACGUUCACCGAGGAGCGUGCGAGGGUCAUAACGCAUUGUGCGAGCGCGAGAAACAAUUCCGAUACUUGUCAGGCGUCGGAUUCAUCGGGUCUGUAAUCUAAUCCUGCACCGAGACUGCACUGGAACCGAAGUGUAAGCCAAAACUAGUGUGAGCCAAGGUGUAAAAAACGCGUCGAAGGAAAAAAAAUAAAAUGGUGCGCAACGUUAUAACUGUAGAAUUAAAUACUAUUUUUUUUUAUUUAUUAUUAUUAUGAUUUUCAACGGUAACUGGCAGUUAUUACUUUCGACUGGUUUAUUAUCUUCAACGGACGGCAGCUCUAACUUGUACAUCUAAAUAUUGAAUGCUACAUAUUAAAAUGUAAAUAUUGUAAAGUCUUUUCAGCGUCUAGGAAAGUUUCUAUUUUUAUAUUUACUAUUUACUAUUUUAUCUUUCUUUCGAUUAGCUUUAUAAUAAACAUCUAGAAGUGUAAACUUCCAAAAUGUAAACGCAAAACGUGACUUUGAGUCUCGCUCGAGUGUAUCGCUUCGCACGUCCACACGUGUCCCCAGGUAGCACAGUUUCACAUUUAAACUAAACGCAUGUAACGUUUCGUAAUCGUAUUAUAUACGUUUAGAAAACGUAAUAUGAAACUAACUGCGCUACCUGGGUCGUGAACAUUGGCGUGAAAGUGCAAUGAUUCAAUAACAUAACGAGACCCACAAGCUUCUCGAUGUUCCUUGCUUCUUUUCUCAUUCGAAAGUGCUGCUCCAACCGCCCUCGCUCGCAUCGGGUGUCUGUUCCUUCUCAAAGAACUUCCCGAACUAGUGCGGUCAAGUCGGAAUGAAACUAGUUACAGCUGGUUUCACUCUCACUUGUUGCUCAUCGAUGUACACCGGUCCGGGAAGUUCUUCGAAAAAGAACAGAACCUGGCCAGUUCAGCGAACUCUUGCAUCGAAUUUCGCCGAUGCUGGAGUAGAAAACAGCGUCGCUGACGUCGGUUCCGGGAUGGAAAACGCUUCAGUGUACACUUCUCGAACCAGUGCAGCCAGGAACAGAAAACAAACCCACAUUGUUCUCGGGCACGCGCUUGCAGUCGCCCACUCGCUCGCUCGCGCGAAGAAUUCGCGUGAGAAAAGCUUUGAUUGAACAGAAGAGUCGGCUCUGUGUUCGUGCAUUUAUUUUUUACGAAAAGAAGGCAGCCGUUCUCCCUCACGCAGCGCGCGUGUCUCUCGUGAACACGCGAAUCCCGCGGCGAAUUCGCCAGCGGAUUCGUCAGCGUUCGUCAGCUGACAGUUCCUACGCGCGAGCCUUCAGGCGGAGAUCGUCCUACUAUUGCGAAAUUCAAUCGAGGUUCAAUAAAGCUUUUUGACUGUUUAUUCGCGCGUGUGCGUGGCUAUGUGUCUGUCUGCGUGCGUGCGUUCUGUAUGUAUGUAUGUGUGCGUAUCGCGCGUUGCCUUUGCCGCUUGUUUCUCCGUACGUGACGUGACGUCGUAUGUGUUUGCUUCAUCACGAGGACAAUCAGACACUCGUUUAGCGUACGCUGUUCGAGUAGGAGGUGGCGGUGGCGGCUUGCUUCACCGACGCCUGCUCGCCGUUUAUUAACGUGAAUAAGUAAUAUACUCGCAAGAGCACGACUCUUUAAAAAGAAAAAAAAGGAAAAAAAUACAAAGAAAAGAAGAGAGAAAAAAAGAAUGUUAAACACCACUAAAGUGCAACGAGCGGUCGUGUCCGCCCACUACUUUACCGUAAAUAUUGUAUCGCAUUGUGGAAGAUAUAUCCGAACGACUAAUUGGCAAACGAGGCAAUUUGGCAUACAACGAUCGUUAUCGCGCACGGGCGGUAUAUGUGUGCAGCCUAUUACGAUGCAUCGUACGAUUGAGUUACAACGCUUUGUCUUACGCCGUCUAGUAGGUAUUAAAAAGAAGGGAGGCAGAGAGAAGAAAGAAACCACGUAGCGCGUGCGCGCGCGCUGCAUAUGCGUUAUAUUAUACAUUCGCGGUACCAAAGAUAAGUAGCAUCCUACCUAUGACACACACUGCUGAGAUAAGUACUACAAUAAUUACAUAGCCGUCGGUUUACGAUAAUGUGUACAUUACCUAAAACCAUAACGAUGUUACAAUAAAGUCUUUAUUCCAAUUAUAAAACAUCAUCCUGCCGUCAUGCGUUUGUCCGCGUUGUUAAGACGCAGUCGAGGAGGAGGAAUUGUUCGAAUCGAACCAAUCGAUUCGAAUUCGUUUUCGAACUCGAGCUUUCUCCAAUAGCUCGAAUAGCUAAUUUCAAAUCAUCGAUGACUCGAUUUAGAACAGGUCGCGUCUUUCGAUCACCUCGAUUUAGAUCGGAGAAUCGUGAACGAAUAAGUCGUUGAAAUUAAAAAUUAGCUCCUCAAAGUCAUAUUUUUAUUCUUAACGAAAUUAUGCGUGCGAGAGCGUUCGUUCGCUAAAUAAUUUGAUGGUUCUGAUAAUAAAAUACAGGUACCUUGCAAGGUAGGCGUGCAGCUUGAAAACGCUUCUGAUACAUGGCUAGUGG